CAUUCCAAAAGUUGCUUGUCCCCGGAUCGUCUUUGGGACGAGGAUCGAUCUGCCCAUCAUACAUACAUACAGCUGUCCAAUCGACCUCUCCGCUCCACGCCCUUCGCAGCUCUUAGGGUUCCACGAGCUCCGCGCUUCCACAAUCCCGAGUUCUCGAGGGACGGAUCGGACGCCAUUGCAUCAUUUCUCGAGUCGAUCGAUGAUUUGGACCUCUCACGGUUUCGACGCGGUACGAGUGGCAUGAGUCCAGCAUUUGCUUGUUGCGUCUGGGAGCUCGACCGGACUUGACAGCCGACGCGAGGCUAGGCCCGGACAGACCAGCGCGGAUCCGUCGUCGGUCAUCUGAGAUUUCACGUUGUUUAUCAAUGGGGGAGAAAUUGAAGGAGGAAUUGGCUCAUGAGGUUCGAGAGGCCGUUAUUAAUGGACACAUGGGGCUCGUUGCUGCGAUUGUGCGGGAGCAGCAGGAACUCCAAGAGGAAGCGGAGGAGUUCAACAUUGGGAUAUGGAAGCAAGAGUUGGAGAGGUUCCAACUCCAAAUUCAGGACUUGCAACUGAAAGUUGAGGAGAUGGAGCAGACCAUGAUUCACCAAAAGAAUCGUAUCUUCGAUGCAGCGCUCUGACGCGUAAUGUGAGGUGGUGACGGUCGAUUGUCCCUCUUUGGGCAGCGUCGAUGGACCCAGUAGAAGUAAGUGACUUGAUGGACACCAGUGAUUCUUGCCAACAAAACUGGUUCGGAAUGAUAGCGUGGGAGUCGGCCGAUCCAAUUGAGCUCUCAGCUCAUAACAAAAUAUGGCAGAAUGAAGAAGAAAGUCCCCGAUGACCCCAUACGGAUUCCAUUUGCUUGAACUGAUCUGACGGCUCAAUGCCAGUCACCAAGAUUCUGAAAGUUGUAUUGAGAAGAGAAGAGCUCUGGCCUCCUCUGCUUAGUACACAUGAAACUUCUGCCACAUUCCACACCCAGCCAAAGCAAUCUACCAAUCGCGAAUUCGCGUACCUUGCAUCAAUGAUGUGGAUGAUCAUCAUUGUAUUAUCUGGACGGCUAUCAUGUGGAUGAUUUUUUUAAAUCACUGUCCAGCAAUUAGAGUACGCCACGGCAUAUAUGUCCAUCAGAUGAGCGCAAUGAAAUAGCAGUAAAUUCCCAUAAAUGCAUGGGAUCAAUGCCGGAUCCGAAAGAGUAAAAUGGAUCGAAGCAAGCAACCAUCGAAAAGUCCUUGUCUUGGUCUGCUCUUUCCUUCGGUCACAACACGAGCCGAUUGCGUGCGAGACGCUAGGAAGAGCCAAGUUCAAGCCGAAGUCCGUAACAAAACAAAAGCUUUCACAUUGAGCACUCCGAGGAGUGCUCAAUGUGAAAAGAAAUAGCUACUUCGCUGAGGAGAAAAAAAAUAAUCAGGUAGAGAAGCACAUC